AUGUCUGAGUUGGAUGAUCAGCUCCAGUAUUUCCAGACUAUUCUACAAUACUUGGAUACAAGUGGAAACCUAAGUCUCAUCAAAGCACAAUGUGAGAAGUACUCAAAAACAAAGAGUUUGGUGUUCAUGUUUAAACUGCUGAUUGACCCCGCUGACCUAUGUGAGGCAAAUGCAAACCUUGGAAACCUUUUGCUUCAAGACUCAGUAUCAGUGUCCAACCUGUUUCAACAGGUGGUGUACAAGACAGUGACCGUGUUGGAACUGUUGCCAGGUGAGGUAACGCUGUCCCAGGUCGCUGUCAUUCUCCGCCUCACACAUCUGCCAACCUUUCACAAUGUGAAUACAAUACACAGUGCCAGCUGUCUUACACGAGUCUUUGAUCUCGGGUCUUUCUGUCGACUGAAGGGCGUUGUCAUCGGCCUUUCUGCUCUAACCAAGUAUACACUGAGCACCCGCUACCAUUGCCUAGAUGAGGAUUGUGAGGGUUUCCAUGGCAACCACUACAUCCGGGUCCAUUCCCCGGGGGCCUCAGAGACACAGACUGUUAGAAAAGAUUUUAAAUGUGCAUUUUGUUACUGCACUCUGGCUGAGGACAAGUCAAGAAGAACACUGUCCGAGCGGCUAGUGGCAGAGGUUGUGCCUGACAAUGUCAUCUCUCUCCUAGGUCACGAGUCAGAGAGGGCCAGGCUUCAGGCUCUGCCAGUCUACAUCAGAGAUGAUCUGACCCGACUGGUUGAGAUUGGUGAGGUGUACGAGAUCAUUGGACGCACACGGAAAGACAUCCAGGAGGACAGGAUCACCAUCUCUGUCGAGGCAAACAACAUCAAAAAGGUUAAGAUGGGGAUUUCAACUAGACAGUUGCUACAGGAGACCCCAAGAAACCUACUGAAAUUGUAUAGAGACAGGCAGAAAUCACCAUGGAGUUUUGUUUUAACCCUGGCAUAUCUGUUUGGUGGUGACAUAUGUCCUGUUGGUUCCUAUUUCCACCUGAAGCUGGUUCUGCUGCUCAGUCUCAUGUCCAGGCUUGAUCACAAGACAAAACCCCUGCAUAUUUUGGCUGUGGGUGGAGAUGUAGAGAUGAUAUCCCGCCUUCUACAUUUCGGUCUUCGUUUCCUUGACAACACGACCAGCUUGACCGCCGGUCAGUCUGUCACCGGACAUGUCACCCAGGACAAGUACAGCAGUGCUUCUUACUUUGUGGAAGGUGGUGUCCUUCAUCAUGCACAGAAUGGACUCUGCUAUGUUGGUGAUGUCAACAUACUGAAAAAGUCUGCUCAGCAAAAACUACAGUCAGCGCUGAGUGGAGGGAAGGUUGUAACAGAUGUUGGGUCAAAGUUCACGGGUGGGCUGCCGCACCACAUGGAGCAGCCACUGAGAGCAAGAGUGUGGGGGUAUGCCGACCCAACUCCCUCCAAAAAGACCCAUCAGGUCCUCUCAGAUGAGCUGUUUGUAACCUGCAAGACUGGGGAUACACAACCAGCCAUUCUGGAGUCAUUUAAUAUAGUGUGUUUCUCUGACUGCGCUGACUCUACAAGCAGUGAAGCGGUUCAAGCCCAGACAAUGGAGAUGACAUUGGUGGCGGCCAUGUUGAAUGAUUUAACUUCUAGUCUGCCAAUCACAGCUUUCGACAUGAUACAGUUUAUCAAGUUUGCUAGUCGCCUCCGACCGAGGUUUGAACUUGAAGCAGAGAGCCUGAUACACAGUUACUACCUCUCCAGUAGAAAGUCUCGAUCCAAGGCUGGUGAUAGCACUGAUGUCCCCGUCAACGCUGACCAAACAAUAUUGUCGUUGGCAUACAGUCAUGCGAAGCUUGCCUUACGGAAUGAAGUGACGAUGAAUGAUGCAUUGAUGGCCAUUUACAUCUAUGAACAAUAUUUAACAGCUAGAUUUGGCUUUUCGAAUCUCGGCAUUCAGCCCAUCCCUCAUGUAACUACAGAACUGUUGAACUAUUGUCUUGGACCAGAAAAUGACAAGAGAAUGGAGAAGUUCCAUGCCAGCCUGCUUCGCUACUGCUCCCUUACCUCCAGCCUGGAGGAGUGACAAAAAACGGACAUUGCUGUUGCUCCUUUGUGGGUCUGGACAAUUGAACUACAAGAGCCAGA